AUGCAACCGCACAUUGCUGUUUCGGAGAACCGUGACCCUACAUCGGCAGAGCUCGACGAGAAGGCGCAAAUCUCAGGCACAGUGGCGGGUGUUGACGACCCAAAUAGCCCCUCUCUUGAAGAUGCUAGCGUCGCGAGGAAAAGUGCACGCACAACAACCUUCUUCGCAGUAGCCGGCUGCACAGCAGCGAACUUCUCCGACGGCUACCAGCAACAGAUCGCCAGCAACGUCAAUGUCAUCCUCAAGCACAUGUACGGCUCAGCGUACACUGCGGCAGAUCAAACGCGAAUUUCGGACUCUCUCAUUGUAGGACAAAUCCUGGGCAUCAUCCUGUUAGGAUUCAUCACGGAUGGCUGGUCCAGAAAGGCCGGUAUGGUCUUUACCUCGUCCUUGGUCGUCGUUGGGAGUUUGAUGGCGACGUUGGCGUUGAAGGUCCAACAUCUUGGCGUGGAUAACAUGCUUUGGUACCUUACGAUAGCCCGGGGCAUCGCUGGCGUUGGAGUUGGAGGCGAGUUCCCUGCGGGAGCUACUGCUGCUUGUGAAGGCAUGGAAGAUUACAACCCAGCAAAGCGCGGCCCCAUCUUCGUCUGCGCGACCACCUUCAUCACUUGCUGGGGAGGCCCGGUAUGCAUCUUUGUGUACCUGAUGACGCUGAUAGGGUCCAACAACGACCUCACGACGGCGUACAUCUCGGUCAACACCAUCUCGAUCCUCCUGCCGUUUCUCGUUUUCCUCUUCCGCCUGCGCAUGGAAGAUUCCAAACUCUUCCGUCGUUCCAAUUUCAAAUCGACCAAGACGGUUUCGAUUCCUUUGCGCCUCAUCCUCAAGAGGUAUUGGCUUCGGCUCGCAGGCACUGGCGGGGCCUUCUUCAUCUACGACUUUGUAAACUUCCCCAACAGCAUCAUGAGCAGCACCAUCAUCAACUCUCUCGUUCCCGGCAAGGCGCUGCAGACCGUAGCCCUUUGGCAGCUGAUCCUCGCCUUGAUGACGCUUCCAGGUGUCUUCGUCGGCAUCUUCCUUGUCAACCGCCUCGGCCGCCGCUGGACGGGCAUCCUCGGCUUUGGCGGCUACCUGCUCAUCGGACUGAUCGUCGGCUGCUCAUUCGCGGAGAUCUCGAAGGUUAUCCCCGCGUUCGUUGUCAUGUAUGGGCUAAUGCAGAGCCUGGGCCACAUGGGUCCCGGUGCGACACUCGGUUUGGUGUCGACGGAGUCGUACCCUACAGCCAUUCGUGGCGUCUGCUACGCCAUCUCAGCAGCUCUUGGCAAGGCUGGCGCGGCCGUGGGCACAGAAGUGUUUACGCCCAUCAAAGAGAAUCUUGGUCAGCGCUGGACCUUUUUCUUCGCUGCGAUUUUUGGUGCCAUCGGAAUGGUGGUGUAUUGGUUCUUGAUCGAGGACAUGACUGAAGCAGAUCUCCUGGCUGAAGACAAGGCUUUCGAGUUGUAUCUGCGAGAGAAUGGGUGGGACGGCAAAAUGCUGGAGAAGGCCCAAGAAACAGAAUGA